CUUUCGUCCCGCCUUACUCAACUGAUAAUCGUAGUAUCAAAAAACAUGAAAGUUAUCUGUGCAGGAUUAAGCAAAACUGGUACGAAAUCCAUCGCAAAAGCCUUGCGAGUCCUUGGAUUUUCAGUCUUUGACUUCCUGGAACAUGUAAAUAUCCAUCAUGAUGAGUGGGUCGCUAUUUAUCGCCGGGGAAAGACACCUGAUUUCUUGUCUAUGUACAAAGAUGUCGACGCAGUUACCGAUCUUCCAGCCGCAAUUUGGUACGAUGAAAUCCACCAAACGUUUCCUGAUGCAAAAGUAAUCCUCUCCGUUCGAGAUAACGAGGACGUCUGGCUCAAGAGCUGGGUAGCCCAACUUGCGUUGCUUCGUGGGGGUGGAUUUUUUGGGAGGAUGAUUUUGAGGUAUAUAAUACCAUUUACUCAAGGCUUAGACGUGCCUUUCUUUGAUGACAUAGACAUGGCCGCUUACGGAACUUUGAGACCUGAAUCCACGGUCCUCUACAAGAAGAAAUAUCGGGAGCACAACGAGAGGGUACAAGCCGUUAUUCCAAAAGAAAAGUUGCUGAUUUUCAACGUGAAACAAGGUUGGAAACCAUUGUGUGAAUUUCUUGGCUGCGAGAUUCCUGAUCAAGAGUUUCCACGACAAAACGUUAAGGGUGAAGCGGCUAAAUUGGGGAACGCUAUGAUGACCGAUGCAAUGAGAAAACUUUUUGUUAUCUUUGCAGUUUUUGUUUUUCUAAUAAGUGUUUUUUGUGUGAUCUUUUUCUAAAUGUAUGCAGUGGUAGAUCUGGGGGAGAAUCCCAGGAGGCUUGCCCCCCCCCCCCAACUCCGUCUGAUGUCUUGUAUUAUUGUAUAUCUACAUCCAUGCUCCUUUGGUAAGGGGAAGAGGACAACAAUUAUUGCAAAUGAGGUCUAAUUAUUCUAGCAAACAAAAACACUAGUCAGAUUACAACAACCUCUAAGGGGCCUUUUAAAAAUGCUGACAAAUUUUGCACUUAGCAUGGGUUUUGACCAACCCACUCAAUUCUACCAGGAGUGGGGGGGGGGGGGAGGGU